AUGAAUCCUAUUAUAUCGGCUGCUUCCGUUAUUGCUGCUGGCUUGGCCGUAGGGCUUGCGUCUAUUGGACCUGGGGUUGGUCAAGGCACUGCUGCAGGGCAAGCUGUAGAAGGGAUUGCACGACAACCAGAGGCAGAAGGGAAAAUACGUGGUACUUUAUUGCUUAGUCUGGCUUUUAUGGAAGCUUUAACAAUUUAUGGGCUGGUUGUAGCAUUAGCGCUUUUAUUUGCUAAUCCUUUUGUUUAA